UAGCUUUUACCGAGUAUUGGUCUAUUACUUACUUUAUUACCUUUUGUCUCAUUGUAUUUCCUUGGUCGCCAAUUCAAGUCAUGUCUAGUCCUAAAGGAUCACCGCAGCAGAUUCCUCUGAUACAAUCCCAACGCACAGACGAGGCACCAUUCCAUUCCAUCAACAUACCCACUACUCCAGGAGAGCGUUCAAGGACCGGCACUUUUGAUCAAAAAGACUGCAGGAUUUGUCUGAUGUUGAGCAACGAAAACGACCAUCAAACCACGGCAUUUGACCCACUUAUCCGGCCAUGUCUGUGCAAAGGAUCAAUGGCUUACGUACACUUGCAAUGCUUGCAACGCUGGCGAAAAGAAAGUCUUAAAAACCAAUUCACCUGCGAAGUGUGUCAUUACCAGUACAACUUACAACGACCUUUCUGGGCAAAUGUGAUAGGCUCAUCUUUCCUGAAGAUUUUCAUCACCAUUGUGCUUGUCCUCGCCAUUAUAGUUGUGCUCUCGUACCUCGUCAAGGUCAUUGAUGUGUAUGCAGUUCACCACUACCCCAACCCUCAAGAUCCCAACUGGCUUAGUUGGCACGGGACGAUAGUCAUAAUGUGGCUGGAUAGGUUUUACGUUUUCGUCGGUGUGUGCCUGACCGCUUUCCUCGGCUUAGUCUACAUGAUCGUAUCGAUUGUGACAAAGCCUAGUGGCAGCUUACCGACGACCAUGCCAUUUUGUGGGUGUUUUGGACCAAUGGAUUAUGGAGCUGCCGCCAUCAUAUUCAUCGUUCUAUUUGGAAUCAUGGCUGCUGCUACCGGUGUUUUCCAAUUAGUACAUAACUUGCUAUCAAAAUUGUUGAACCGAGCCCAGGAGCGUAUUCUUGAGGUGACAGAGGCUUGAGCUUACCUGGAGUAGGCGUUGGAUCUUUGUCAAACAGCAAUCUGCCAUAUACAUAUGCAUACAAAUAUCUCAGUCAGCGACAGAACGAUCACAUCGUUAUCGUUCUUGGUGUGAAGGAGACAUUGCAAAAACUACACUGGAAGUCAUU